UUGUGAGAGAGGACUGAAACUGCCAAAGUUAAAUAGAAGGUGAAAGACAGCCGGUAAAAUUACCGAAAAAUCAUUUUAAAAUGUCUACUCCCGCUAGGAGACGUUUGAUGAGAGAUUUUAAAAGAUUACAAGAAGAUCCUCCAGCGGGAGUGAGUGGAGCACCAUCAGAAAAUAACAUAAUGAUAUGGAAUGCUGUAAUUUUCGGGCCACAAGAUACGCCUUUUGAAGAUGGAACAUUUAAACUUCAAAUUGAGUUCACGGAGGAAUAUCCCAAUAAACCACCAACUGUAAGAUUUUUGUCACGAAUGUUUCAUCCUAAUGUUUAUGCAGAUGGUGGAAUAUGUCUAGAUAUUUUACAGAAUAGAUGGUCACCAACAUAUGAUGUAUCAGCCAUUCUUACUUCAAUACAGUCUUUACUCGAUGAACCUAAUCCUAAUAGUCCUGCAAAUAGUUUAGCAGCGCAACUUUACCAAGAAAACCGACGUGAAUAUGAGAAAAAAGUAAACGCCAUUGUGGAACAGAGUUGGUUGAAUUCUUGAUAAGCUGUGCAUAUGUAGCACACAAAUAACACAUGAAUAAAAACUUGAUUAGAUUUUCUCUUGUAAAAUUAUGUAUUAUAUUGCUGCAAUAUAUAUUGUGCUGAUGAAAACCUUUAAAGAAAAUGUGGAGUUAGGAAUAUCUAACGUAUAUCCUUAAUAAUAUAGGCCUGUCAUUUGUCGUUUA